UUAGUUGUAAAAUAACCGGCAUUGUAGCCCUGCUCUUUGAAAGUAGGAAAACACAUUCAGGAAAGGCUGCUGCAUGUGUUUAUUCUGACUUUUAGGCCAAUAAUGGCUUCUGUGCGAGUUGCUGUAAGAGUCCGUCCCAUGAAUAAAAGAGAAAAGCAGUUGUCAUCAGAGGUAAUUGUUCAAAUAAAGGGGAAGACUACAUCUAUUCAUAAGCCUUUAACAAGUCAAGGAAACGACCAGAAGGACGAGAGGAAAAUCUUUACUUUUGACUUCUCGUAUGAUUCGACUGACAGAACAAGCCCCACGUUUACAUCACAGGAGAAGAUUUAUUCUGACUUGGGGUAUGAUGUCCUGAAAGCUGCUUCAGAGGGUUUUAAUGCUUGCGUGUUUGCCUACGGCCAGACUGGCUCAGGAAAGUCGUACACCAUGAUGGGGAACCCUGAAGAUAGAGGAUUAAUCCCACGCAUCUGUGAAGGCCUGUUCCUCCAGAUCUCUCAGAGAAGCCAGAAUGAUGAUGUGUCUUUUCAUACCGAGGUCAGCUAUUUGGAGAUCUAUAAUGAGCGAGUGCAAGACCUUCUGCAGAAAAGAUCUGCAGCCACAGAUGGAGGAGGCCUGAGAGUGAGAGAGCACCCAAAGGAUGGGCCCUACGUAGAGAAUCUUUCCAAGCAUGUGGUAAACAACCACAGUGACAUGGAGAACCUGAUCCAUGUCGGGAAUACCAACCGCACUACAGCCGGCACGGGUAUGAAUGACUACAGCAGCCGCUCCCACGCCAUCUUCACCAUUAACUUCACACAGACACAGUUUGAUUUGGAGCUGCCACGUGAGACGCUGAGUAAGAUCCACCUGGUCGACCUGGCUGGCUGCGAGAGAGCCAACGCCACGUGUGCGACAGGAAUCAGACUGAAGGAAGGCGCCAACAUCAACAAGUCUCUGGUCACGCUGGGCACCGUGAUCUCAGCUCUGGCUGACCUCAGCGGGGGAGGACAGUCGACAAAGAGGAAGAAGCAGAUCUUUGUUCCUUACAGAGACUCGGUGCUGACCUGGCUGCUUAAAGACAGUCUGGGUGGAAACUCCGUGACCACGAUGAUCGCAACCGUUUCACCUGCUGAUGUGAACUAUGGGGAGACCUUGAGCACUCUACGCUACGCCAGCAGAGCUAAAAACAUCAUAAACUCUCCCACGGUGAAUGAAGACGGCAGUGCUAAGCUGAUCAGAGAGCUGCAGGAAGAGCUAACCAGACUCCGAAUGCUACUGGAGGCAGCCAACCAGGUUCCCCGCAGGGAGCUGUCUCCAUCUGUGAAGGUGGAGGAGGAGCUGAAUCAGAACGAGGAGAAGGUUCUCACACCAACCAGGGAGUGGACCGGUAAAUGGAGUGAAACUCAGAGGAUACUGCAGGAAGAGACUGUGGCUCUGAGGAAAGAGGGGAGUGGAGUGGCCCUCGACUGCAUGCUACCUCAUCUGAUAUGCAUCGACAAGGACCUGCUGAGUGCUAGAAUCAUCCUGUAUUAUUUAAAAGAGGGCAGGACCCUGAUCGGGAGUGAAACCGCAUCAUGCAGCCAGGGUAUUGUGCUCCAUGGGCCUGGGCUCCUCAGUGAACACUGUGUGCUGGAGAACUGUGCUGGGACUGUGACUCUGAUCCCUCAGGAUGGUGCACUGUGCUCAGUCAACGGCUCUGCGGUCACUGAUCCCUGCCAGCUGACUCAGGGCGCCAUCAUCGAGCUGGGAAGAGGAACAAUCCUCCGUUUUAACCACCCGACUGAAGCUGCCCAGCUCAGAGAGAAACCACAGAGCGAGCUGCUGUCUCCCGUCACCCCGUUCCUGACUGACAUGUCCACAUCUUUUGAAAAUCAGACUCCAGGGAGGGUGGAAGAGAAGCUCAACCAGCAGGAGGUGGAAUGGAAGCAGGUCCAAGAAAGCCUGAACAGACGCAGCCGGGACUUCAAAAGACUUUCAAAGGAAAGCAGUGGGGCUCCCCAUCAACAGAGAGCCGAGCAGAAGACAACGGGGGCAGAGAUAGAAGAUCCUGGCACCGGGCUGUCUGCUCAAACAGCUGAGUCUGAAGUGUCAAACAGCCGUGUUACCUCUGUGACAGCAGAACAGCUCAUGACCACAGCCAUACCUGGGAAGUAUCCUGCCCCUCACAUUAGUUUGGAGGUGGAUGGAAACUCGCUGCAGGGUGGAGUAAGCACCAGGGAAGGCCAGAAGCAGGAGAGGGACUCUUCACAUAAAUCAGGACCGGGGCUUGUGUCUGAGAGGCUGUGGAGAGAAGCUCAGAGCGUGGCUGGAGAUGCAGGUUAUAAGAGAGAGGAGGUUUGGUCAGGGGAUGCCAGCCUGCAGCAGACAAGUGUCCUGGGCCCGGGUGAUGGAUGCAGCGUGAAGCCAGAGGGGAAUGCUAACGAGAUCCAAGGUGUCGUGGCUGACGGCUACAAGGGGAGACCUGGCUCUGGUGGGAGCUCAUUAGGCAUCGUGUCCCACCUGCAGAGAGGAAGAAGCAGCUCCACGUCUGUCCUCCCACGAACCGACGCUCAUUCUCCGCUCAGCAAAAAGCCUCUCAGCAGUCAUGCGGCUCGCUGUCCACAUGAGAAAUCCACCAUCAAGGGCUGGCCUGGCUGCAGAGAGAUGGAUGAAUCUGGAGGUUUGGACGAGUUCCCAGGAUUCGACGUGACAGAGACUGCAGCAGUUCAAAAGUCACGGCUUGGCUCUUUGGUCAGCAGAGUUUCUUGGAUUGUCAAGGAUGUGGGUCGUCUUCUUUGGAGCUCUCCUUCAGUACUGCAGCAAGUCAGAAAAGAGCGACUGCUGCCUGUAGGGGCCAGUUUGUCCAGACAGGUUAUGUCUCUGUUCAAGCAGAGUAAUGCUCUGUCAUUAGUGAAGGAAAGUCAGGUUUUCUCUAUGGGGAAAGGCAGCAUUGUCUUCUCUCUCUUGAAAGAAAGUCACUUUCUUUCUGUGUUAAAAGAGCUACCCCUUAUUAAUCACAUCCAACUGGAGAUCACUCAAAGUCUUCUGUCUGAGAAUGCCGAUUGGAUGAGUCCUGAACCCACAAAACUCCCAAUUCUGACACCAGUACAAAGCUGUAGCAAGGCAGGAGAACUAAAAAAUGCCAAACCACUAAUAGGCAAAGACACUGGGGAUCUGCGGUUACCAAAAGAGCAACACUUAGCUGAUAUUUAUGCAAAACAAGACAAUGAACAGGUUAAAAAGCAAGUCACCAGAGAGGCAGGAAUGAAACAUGCACCUGAAGAUGACGAUCAAGACAUGGAGGAUUCCUGGACUGUGCAUAAGACAAAAGAUUUCCAGAUCUUUACUCAGACAUUGAUAACAUUCCCUGAUUCCCUCUCAAACCUGCAAACUCAGCCAUUGGAGAACAUGUUGCACUCUUUACAGCCCAUCAUUGCCAAUUCAGUGCUAAUUUCUCAGAACAUUUUGGCUCUUUUUUGGCUGAAUGUGGCGACAUGCAACCAACACAAGCCCCGUCCUGCCCUCUUAAUCCUCUUCGAAACCGGUUUCUACACCCUCACGGAUGACUCUGGACUCCUGGUUUUGUUCCAUUACCUCCCUUUGCUGCAGCUGCAGGAGAUGCACAUUGGCUUUGCUGGACAUAGUCUGCGUUUAAGGGGCGCUACAAAGGACAGCAUCCUUGGUGUGUAUACUUACAGCCAGAUAAUCACCAAAGAGCUGUGCAAGGCUGUACUAAACAUCAUUAGGCCUGAAGACGACCGGGUGUCUCUACACCCUCUUCUCUGUGGAGACUUGAUGCAGAUGUCUGUACGCUGGCAGGACUUUGCACCCGACCUGCUGCUUGAUGCUGGAUUAAAAGUUUGCAGCCAGUUUCAGAGAAGUCUUGCUGAUCUCGUUUACCUUCUACAUUGCAACAUGGAUGAAGAAAAAGUCGCUCUAGGAGAUGUGAGGCUGCUGCUAUACACAAGUGUUGGAUUUUACAGCAGUUCAAUUCCCAAGAGUCAGUCCCUUGCUCACUUUUUACUCACUGAUACCCACCUCGGUCUACUGCAGGAAGAUGCCGUCUUUCACCCUCUCCCACGCUCCAUCAGCGUAGCCUCCUGCCAUCCCCAAUUCCAUGACUUAACUCUUCGUCAGCGCUCGGAUGUGCGCUGCGUGCUGAUGCAUGGCGAAGACAAUCAUGGGGCUGUCAUACUGGAUGUAAUCCUGGCAAAUGUGUGGGCCAGGGGUCACCCUGAAAGCGUGACUGAGGCGGCGACCCUGCCCGAGCCUGCUUCACAUUCAUCUCCACAUGCAGAAGUGUGGAAAUUAACUUUCAGUUGCUCCUCUGAGGCCGCCUGCCUGAUUAAUCACUUGUCAAAUGUCUGAUCGAGGAUUGAACAGCCAGUAAUGAACAGCACAGCCUGGAAAAAAAGUCAUUCACAGGGAGCAGAGGCGAAAAAGCAUCCUGAGCAGACAGUGGGAAGGACAGCCUCCUGGUUUAAUGACAGAGAAAACUCUGACCCAGUUACUAGUUUCCAUGUCUUUCCAGAAGUUUUUGCCAUUUUAAUAUUGCAUGUUAGUAGCUUUUUUUAUUCCUGAAUCUUCAUUUUUUUUCUUGUAUUGUUCUCAAAGCUCUGCCUCAGUACUGUAUUGUUUGUCUGAGUUUCUAAGUCAGUUAUAGAAUUUUUAAAUAUUUUGGUGUAAAGUUUGGAUAAUAAGAAUUAUCACAUUUUUGUUGAGUUGUCUCAUAUUCACUGUAAUAUUUUAAAAAAUUAUCAGUUUGAAUCAAGACUAUAGAAGCUCACUGCCAUGUUUGAUUAAGUUGCCUGUAUUUAUGUAGUUGUGUCAACAAUCUUAGAUAUUUUAUAUUAAA